AUGGCGCAGAUCACCUCGCCUUCCGCCGACUGGACCUUCAGCCGGGAUGAACGUCCCUGGCUUCUCCCUUCCAACCGCAAGCUACGCAACCUCGUCUCCAUCUCGCUGCGCAACUUGAACCUGGCCUCGACUUCCCCGACAAGGUCACAAGGAAAGACGAUUGACGACAAUGCUCUCCCUCAGGCGCUCAAAUCGCCUGCCAAGAUCGUUUCGCUGCGAGAACAGAAGACCCUCGGCCUUUCAAGAAGCUCCACCGACCUUCGCGCAGUAGCUGAAGAAGCUCUAGCGGAGUCGGACGAUACUGUAGCUGGCGGGACCGAUGCCAAUGGUAGCCCGGUCUCCAGCAAGUCGAAAAAGCGGACGCAGAGCGCGACCAGUGCGACUCCUAGGAGACCCGAAUUCAAGAGACGCAGAAGGCGGAGCACAGUAGAAUGGGCCAAUGCAACACCUCGGCGACGGCAGGAGCGACUGGAGGAUAUGUUGAGAGAGCGUAUGGCAGAUGUCUUCUUCAGUCUGCACGUUCACGGCCUUGAAGGUUGGUAGGUACCGUGCACCGAGGGCAGGCAGACGGGAGAGCUGACGAGGUGGAGCACAGAGCCUGUAUACAUCUCGGAAACUGUCGAGAAGACGAUGAACCCGACCUUUCGUCACGUCGAUUGGAGCCCGUGCAGUCCAGGCGUCACCAGGCUGGAAAGCUGCACUUUGCGUGUCUGGGUGAGAGGCGGCAAGGUCGGCACAUGGAGGCAGCUGAUGACGCUGAGAUUGGACCUAAGCUCUUUGCAGUUCAUUGGCAAAAGAGUUCGUAUUCUCCAAGAAAGUGGUCCAAAUUGUGCUGACUAUGGCAGCUGGACAAAUUGAACCGAUCACUGCCGUCGAACGCCGUGUUGUUCCAUCUCAAUGACGGCAUCUACACAUCUUUCUCGGAGUCUCUAGCGGAUUAUGUCCCUCUUCUGCCAGGCUCAUUACAGAGGUCUGUAUCAAGCUCUUCUGAGAAGCGGUCGUUGCCAACUUCCUCCUUUGAUGCGCUUUUGCGACUUUCCAAAUUGGAUGACAGCAUUCAAGAUGCACUUGCUGCCCGCAAUUCGAUAGCCAACGAUCUCGAAGGCUUGCUACAACGGAACAAAGAAGCGCUGAACGAGCGUGAUGAUGUCGCAGAAGCAGAGGACCGGCUCAAGACCAUUGACUUCGCCAAGAGGACGGUCGAGAAGCAACUCGACAAAGCACAAAAACAGCAGGACGAAAAGCGCGCUUCCAUUUCCGCCAGGCGAACAUUGAUGGCCUCGGAUCUCUCCUCUCGAAAGUCGGAAGUCCAAAUUAUGCAAGAUGCCAAGCCCGAGCUGCCAAGCAUGGAAGCAGAGCACAAUGUCAACCAGAAGGCCAUUCAAAACCAACGACGUCGCAUAUGUGAGGAGCUACAGCGAUGCUACUCAAUCGAACCAGUUCCUGGAAAGACACUGGCAUUCAGUAUACAGGGCUUGUACCUGCCGAACGCUGAUCACAUCGAUGCUGAGCCGCCCGAGCACAUAUCAGCCGCGCUUGGGUACGUUGCACAUGUGCUUCAGCUUCUAGCAUUCUAUCUCCGGCAGGCUCUUCCGUAUCCUGUAUCGCCCCGAGGCAGCACAAGCACGAUAUACGAUCCCGUCAGUAUCCUCAAAACUAAUACACCAUCGAAAUCGCAAGGUGCCGAGCACACCAUGAGGACGUAUCCGCUCUUUAUCAAAGGUGUGCCACGGUUUCGCUUCGAAUACGGCGUCUUUUUGAUCAACCAGAACAUCCGGACGCUGCUGGAAAACGCCUUCAAUCUCCGGGUCCUCGACAUUCGCCAAACGUUGCCCAAUCUCAAAUACUUGCUAUACGUAGCAACUGCUGGUGAGGGCGAGCUACCGGCCAGGAAAGCGGGUGGGAUUAGAGGCUUGGUGCGGGCACCUGCUAUGGAGAGAGUCAGUAGUAUCGACUCCGCCGCAAGUGGAAUGUCUGGCCUGACGCUUGGCGGCCAAUGGGGCGCUGAAAACGGCAAGCCAAGAGGCGCUGCGGACAGACUGAGGGAAGUUAGUGGGCAGGGGAAAGGGUUGAAAGUAUAG